CCCCGCACCUAAACCUUAUGAUCCUGGUUUCUUUCUCAAGUAGCCGCCUUCCUCUUUCCUGGUUUUAAUGCAGAGGGGAGAGCCAGUUGUUGGUCUGCUGGUUGGAGCCUGAUUUUACAGAGGUGGACCCAAGAAUGGCAGAAGAGGAUGUGGCUGUUUCAGGAGGGAUGCUCACCAGACCCCUUCUCUUGGUGACCCUAAUAUCUGCCUUUGGCUCCUCUGUCCAGUACGGUUACAAUGCUUUUGUGAUCUUCCACCCUGCCAAGUACAUCCAAAACUUUUUCAAUGAGACUUACCGGUUCAGGAACGUGAUCAGCAUCGACCUUAGCUUGUUGUGGUUCCAGUGGGGACUCACCGUCGCCUUUUUCCCGUUUGGGGGCUUCUGUGGGGCUCUCAUGGCUGGACCACUGGUGGACAGCAUUGGAAGGAAAAAAACACUCCUAGUCAAUAACCUUUUGGCCAUGAUCGCAGCGGCCCUUGUCAUUUCCACCAAACCCAUGCGUUCCCACGAACUUCUGAUCUGUUCGCGGUUCUUUGUGGGAAUCUGUGCCGGAAUUGCCUUCAGCGUGGUCCCCAUGUACCUGGCCGAGAUUGCCCCCCAAAAUCUGCGUGGGGCGCUCUGCACGGUGGCAGACCUCUUCAUCACCUUUGGCAUUUUGUUGGCAGAAGCCAUAGGCUUCCGCGAAGUCCUUGGAACCGAAGAAGGUUGGCCAAUCUUGUUAAGCCUCGCUGGCAUCCCGGCCUUGCUCCAAUUACUGUUUCUCCCGUUUUUCCCCGAAAGUCCUCGGUUUCUCCUGAUUCAGAGGAAGAAGGAAGAGGAAGCCAGGCAGGCUUUGAAGGAGCUGAGGUGCUCAGAGGAUGUGGAGCAGGAAAUGGAAGACCUUCGCCAAGAGGAGCUGGUGGACAAGGCGGAGAAAGAUAUGGACGUGAUGAAGAUCCUGUAUUAUCCCGGCCUUCGGUGGCACGUGAUCUCUAUCGUGGUCCUGAUGGCGGGUCAGCAGCUCUCCGGGAUCAACGCGGCCCAGUAUUACGCGAAGCGGAUCUACUUGUCCUCGGGGGUCAGCGAGAUGGUUGUGUGGUACAUCAGCAUGGCGUUGUCUCUCUUCCUGAUGGUCUUCACAACCCUUGUGAUCUGCAUCGUGGAGACUUCGGGACGCCGGAUUCUCCUGCUGACCGGCUUCAGCAUUUGCAGCAUCUCUUGCAUCUUCUUGUCCAUGUCUUUGCAACUCCAGAAAAACAUCCCCGCCAUGGCGUAUCUGAGUGUGUCGUUCCAUACCAUCUUCCUUAUCGGACAAGCGACUGGUCCCAAUCCGGUUCCCAACGUGCUGGUAGCCGAGUAUUUCCUCCAGACCACUCGAUCCACGGCUUUUGUGAUCGCGGGAAGCAUCCACUGGAUUUGCAAAUUCCUCGUCAUUGUAACGUAUCUCCACAUGGACAUCGAACUGGAACCCUACAGCUUUCUAUUCUUCUGGCCGUUCAACAUCGCCACCGUUGUUUACGUCGCCAAGAUGAUCCCCGAGACCAAAGAUCGAAGCUUCCUGGAGAUCAGGAGAGUCGUGUCUCGCCAUUUGGCCCAACGGUCGUAAUGGUGGUCCUGGGACCUUCUCUGCGGACCAUCCGGGCUGCCUUCGCUCAAGGGAAGAUGGACUCACAAGAUCCCCUCUUAGUUUGGGGGCAGACAACGCCCCCCGUCUCCUCCUUCCAGCCCCCGCCUCCCCAGAUGUCGAGCUGUGGAGGUGGGUCCUUCAGCAGGAGGCAUCUCCCCCAGGUUGAAGACCACCACGUGUUUCCGCCCAGUUGAAUGAUCCUCCAUGGCUGGAAGGACCAGCUCUUCUCUGAUGACCUUUCAUGGGGGACAAUUGGGAGAGAACCUGCUCACGACGGACUGUCCCCAGGGCCUCUCAACAGGAUCCCGGAGACGUCAAAAAACCCAUUCUGGCGUUUUUGCCGGUUUUUCUGGAAUCUUCUCCUCCUCCUCGUUUUUUUCAACUCCUCUUUUCUGUGGUUGAAACCACCUUUGUUUGGGGUUGAGGUGACCCAAACGC